AUGGCUUCCAAGGCGAUGCUUGUCAUGGCGGUGGCGGCGACGGCGAUCGCCUUCCUCCCCUUGCUCGCCUCCGCCACCGUCCACGUCGUUGGCGACGGCAGCGGGUGGACGCUCGGGUUCGACUACACCACCUGGUCCGAGAGCAACCAGUUCAGGGUCGGCGACGCACUAGUGUUCAAGUACAACAAGGCCAACCAUAACGUGGUGGAGGUGAGCGGGCCGGACUUCAGGGCGUGCAACAGCGCCAAGGGCCUCGGCGCCUGGAACUCCGGCAGCGAUCAGGUCCAACUCGCCAGCGCCGGGCGGAGGUGGUUCGUCUGCGCCGUGGGCAACCACUGCGCUAUGGGCAUGAAGCUCAACGUCACCAUCCUCGCCGCCGACGCUCCUUCGCUUGCCCCUGCCCCGGCACCGUCCUCGUCUUCUCACAAUGCAAUCCUCGCCGCCGACGCUCCUUGGCUUGCCCCUGCGCCGGCACCGUCCUCGUCUGCUCACAAUACAAUCCUCGCCGCCAACGCUCCUUGGCUUGCCCCUGCCCCUGCACCGGCACCGUCCUCGUCUGCUCACAAUACAAUCCUCGCCGCCGACGCUCCUUGGCUUGCCCCUGCACCGGCACCGUCCUCGUCUGCUCACAAGUCCAGGCGGCCCUUUGUUACCAAGUGGUGAUGACCUGCCGGCGCCCAAGUACCAAGUACCGACUAUGUUGUUCGUGCUUUUGCUAGUCACGUCGUGCAUGGUGUGAUCGGUCGCACUGUUCGGUUCGUGCAAUUUUUCUCCAUUCCGACAUAAUAAUUGGACUGCUGUCCAACACAAGCAAUUGAUUAUUGUUUAGAAUCACGACACGCAGUCGAUUGGCCUUUUAGAUGUUCGUUGUUUCUUUAUAUUCAUGUGUAUCACUUUUUGUACCAAACUAAAUUAAGUUU